CUCAUUCACAUCCCUCUCGUAUACCAUCAUGUCAUCCACAACUCCGCAAGCCCAGCUCGAUAGCAUCGACGCCUUGAUCGGCUCGUUGCAGCAGCUCAAGAGCCACAUCUCCUCGUCAGCGGACAAGCACGACGAUGCUGCUCAGGGAACCUAUAUGAUGCCUUAUACGGCAGAAGCAUGGCAGGCUGCCACUGCGGCCAGGCAGCAGUUUACCUCCCUCGUGUCGCUCCUCGUCAACCCCGCGCAACGCCUCGGCGAGCUCAUGUUCUCGAGCGUCACCACCCACUCGAUGAACACGGCACUGGACAUUGGACUCUUCGAUGCUGUCCCUGCGCAAGGCGCAGUCCCCAUCGCCGAGCUCAGUGCGGCUACCAAGGUGCCCGCUGAGCGGCUGGCCCCAUUGAUGCGCCACAUUGCCAACGAGGGCUUGUUCGCAGAGACGUCGCCCAUGAGCAACGAGUGGCAGCACACACAUCUCAGUAGGAUGUUGAGGAGCGGAGGUGCAAUGCAUCUCGACGUCUUGCAAGCCUACACGCGGGACUUUAUCGAACCGUCCUUCGAGCACCUCACUCCGUGCCUUCGAUCACACAAGUCCGGUUACGAGGACUAUCGCCGCGAGCACAUCUUCUCCUUCCUGGCAAAACAUCCCGCCGAGAACAACAAGUUCGGCACUGUCAUGCAGUGCAUGAACGGCAUAGUCGGAAGUCCAUUAGCGGCAGACUACGAUUGGUCCCGCUUCAAUGGCAAGACGAUCGUAGACGUCGGAGGAGGCGUAGGCGCCUUGCCCGCCCUGCUUGUGAUGCCAUAUCCCGACCUGAAGUUCCACGUUCAAGACCUUGAGGAGCCAGUCGCUCAGGGCAAGGCAUUCUGGUCGGCUACAUUCCCCCCACAAGUCGCAGAGCGAGUCACUUUCCAGGCGCACAGCUUCUUUGAGCCUCAACCGGAGCAGAUCUCGGACGUCUACUUGAUGCGCUUCAUCCUCCACGACUGGGCAGACGCAGACUGCCUCAAGAUCCUCUCGGCGCUCAGGAGUAGCGUCAAGGCAGGCACCACUCUAUUGGUCGCCGAAAUCCUCAUCGACGCAGACAACACAUCAUGGCAGCGCACCAUGUCCCUUCACAUGCUCGCAGUCUUCAACGCCGAGGAACGCACAGAGGAGCAAUAUCGCUCACUACUCAAGCAGACGGGCUGGCAGCUCCAGAAGACGUCGGCCACCUCCGGCCCGCUCAGUCUGCUCGAGGCAGUGGCCAUUUAGAACGGCGAUUGGCGUGCGCGUGUGUGGUCGGCAGGUUCAUCCGUGAGAAUUAACCUCGCCAAUUUGCUGCUCUCUACUCGCCGAUUCAAUUGCAUGUCUCGCGAGAGAAAGAAGAGCUGCCGAGCUAAAUUCAGGGCUGCGCGGACUCGUCUAGCUAGCGUCUAUUACAGAAUUGCCCGCAUAGCUGCACAGCAUGACAUUGCAUCGAAUCUCCGUCCUUGAC